AUGGUGACCCGCAAAAAGCAGCGUAUCGUAGGAUCUGGAGGAACAGCGUUGCUGCUCUUCCAACAGAUCAAUGCUCCAGUUCGAGGAAAAGUGUCAGAAUUUACUGUAGAAGGUUGUGAAACCCCUCAAAAGGAUCCUUCAGCACAGCUUGGGAAGAUAAGUCGUUUUGAGGAACUUAAGUUGCCUAUGUAUAAGGCUCAUUCGCCACAGAUUGGGAUGCGCAGAUACUUCAUUGAUCUCUUGACUGUCCUCAGCAACCGUUGCAAUCUCUGCCCCACGGCCCGGCAUCUUGCUAUCUAUUUAUUGGACCACUUUAUGGAUCGCUAUGAUAUCACGGUCAAGCAACUGCACAUCAUUUCAUUUGCCUGUCUUCUCCUAGCAAGUAAAUUUGAAGAAAAAGAAGACAAAGUUCCAAAGCUGGAGCACGUAAAUAACCUGGCAUGCAUGUGCAAUGUGAAUGUAGUAUUGGACAAGAAAGAUUUGCUUAGAAUGGAAAUGCUGGUUUUGGAAAACUUCAACUGGAACCUCUGUCUACCAACCCCAGCACACUACAUUGACUACUACCUCUAUGUGUCCAUUGGUGAGAAUGACCUUCACAACGGCUGGCCGAUCACCUCACUGACUAAAACCAAAGAUUUUCUGGAGAAAUAUGCGUAUUAUUUCCUUGAUUUCUCAGUGCAAGAUCACACUUUCCUCCAUUUUCGUCCAUCUCUGAUUGCUGCAGCUUGUGUGUGCGCCUCACGUAUCUGUAUGCAGAUUUCUCCUGCCUGGACAACACAGCUUGAAUUGCUAACAUGUUAUUCCUGGGAACAUCUUGCCCAAUGCAUCGAAAUUAUGUUCAUAUAUUAUGAGAAUGACAUCAAAGAAGCCAGUAACCUAAAAAAGCAAGUAACAAUUCAACAUCAAGAACAGGAAGCAGUGGAAAAUCUGAGCCAUCAAGCUACUACUCAAGUUCUCUUCCAGCAAUCUAGUUAUCACCCUUUAGCCCAGCAUUCAGCUACACUUUCCCAGUUCCAGUCGCCAGUGCAAGAUUUGUGCUCUGCUUAUCGUGACUCCUUACAGGCCCACAGGCCCAGUGGUCUGCUUGCUGGGAGCGCUGACAGCUCACUGCACCCCUAUGCAGCUCUUCAGGCCAGCCUUCGGCCAUCUGCCCAGACUCUGCCCAUCCAAACGCCCAUUGCUGUGCAGGUAGCGUUAGGAACAGAGCCCAGACACUGCAUUUCCACGGCUUAUGGCAGUAGUUACUUCAGUGGUCAUCACUCAUAUACAGCUGGGUGUUUUGAUGGAUAAAUAUUAACAGAAGAAAAAGGUGAACAGAAGCUGAAGAAGAGACCCUGUAUGUGAUACAAGAUGUGUAUCUGAAGGAACAGUAAUCCUUAUGACUCAUUCAGAGGACAUCGAUCUGGAUCCACCGAUCACUGGAACCUGGGUGCCUUUCUGCCGAGGGCUGUACCUUUGGCUCUUAAUGAGAGAGAGAAACACCAAUCCAUUAAUACACCUCAUUCAAUGCCACUUUGAGAGGCAUCUGCAUAGAAACCCUGUGGAGGUUACUUCCUUCUAGUCUUCAGUUAGUGACUUGUCAGAGUUGGCUGAAAGCUUGUGUUGAAGAGUUAUUUCAGGCUGGAGCAUUUGUUGAAUUUCUGGCCAAGUAGCAAUGUACCUAGAGAUGAUGGAAAACACGGAGUGCUCUCCGUCUCUCCCAGUGACAUGUCACUUGAACAGUGGCAGCUUACACUACUGGAAGCUUCUACUAAAAUAUACUGAAAUUGGUAUCAGUUAAAUGCGAACUUAGUUUAUGCAGAAAUCUAUGUGUAGGACACUUUCCGUUUUCUUUGAGCAGGAGUGAUAGUUCAAGAGUAAGACUUCAGAAUAAAAGGAAAAAAAGAAAAAUGGGCCAGAAGACUAUCAAGCAUUUUUGACUUAAAAUUCUCUUGGAAUCUAAAUGUGCUGCUGCUGAACGGAACAUCACUCUGCCUUCAAGUAUUUUAGAAACAAAACCAAAACCUUAAAUCAUCUCUUGGAUCUUUAACGUUCUGCUGUUUUUGAGACUGGAGAUUAUUGUUAAUAAAACUCUUCAUGAGCUUUAUCAGGGAUUUACUGUUACUUGAAGAAAUCCUCUUGGAAAAACUCUUGAAAGGUUCAUUGCCUUCAGUUAUUUCAUCUUUUGAGCUCAAUGACUUGUGGCAGUAGUUCAGGCUCAGGACAGAGGAACUGGUGUUAAUGGGGGCAGAGAUGGGGAACUGGUUAACGUUACUGUGAAAUUAGAGUUUG